AUGGGCUGCUCUUCCAGCGUGAGCGUAAUGCACGAAGACGUGGAAGACAUUGGCAGCACCCGUGUCAUCUUCACGGACGCCACUGGACAAGAGUUCGCACAGCGGUCCACUCCGUUCAAGGAGGGCAUUCGACGCUUCAAUUCCAUGCGCAUCAGCGACAGAGAUGCUUCUGGAAUAAUCGUCCCGCUUGCAAGCACUCACAACCACCAUGUGAGGCAGCUCAACAAGUUCUUGGCAGCCAUCGAGCUGAACCCAACGUUGCUGGAGAAGAGGGUGCUGCCCAGCCAACUUCCCAAAAACUGCGGCCAAGCGGUGCUCCCGAAAGUCGAGAAGGAACCCUCUGAGAAGAGCUUGGCGGAGGUCAGCACAGACAUAUCCAGCCCGGGCAGCAUUGCUCAUUAG